AUGGGACUGCGGCGCGCCGGACGAUUUUGCGUCUGGACAGGACACCUGACCUGCUUGGCGCUGGUUGCCAGUGUCUUGGAUCUGGUUCUGGCACAGAUCCGAUAUAGCAUUCCCGAGGAAUUGGAACAUGGGGCUUUUGUCGGAAACAUAGCGGAGGACUUAGGCUUGGACGUCAACAAACUGUCUGCACGAAGGUUCCGAAUUGUUUCAGGCUCAAAGAAGCAAUAUUUGGAGGUGAACUUGGAGAACGGUGUUUUGUUUGUUAAUGAGCGCAUUGAUCGGGAGGAGCUGUGCGAACAAAACCCAUCUUGUUCUUUUCACUUGCAAGUCGUUAUUGAGAAUCCUUUAGAGUUGUACAGAGUGGAAGUCGAAAUUCUUGACGUGAACGAUAAUGCGCCAAGUUUUCCUUGGAGCGAAUUCAACUUGGAUAUAUCCGAGUCGGCCGUCCCGGGAUCUCGAUUCCCGCUUGAGAGCGCACAGGAUUUAGAUGUCGGUACUAACUCGCUGGAAUCCUACCUUUUGAGCGUAAAUGAAUACUUUUCCAUAGACGUCCAGACGCGCAGCGACGGCAGUAAGUUUGCAGAGCUUAUUCUGGAGAACCCACUAGACAGGGAGCACCAGCAACUACAUCAGAUGGUUCUGACCGCGGUGGACGGGGGUUCUCCAGAGCGGUCUGGUACCACAGUAAUAAAUAUAACAGUUCUCGACGCAAAUGAUAACGCACCUGUGUUUGACCAGUCUUUCUACAGGGUUAGACUGGCUGAAAACGCCCCAAAAGGCACUGUAGUAAUUAAACUCAACGCAACAGACCUAGAUGAAGGUCCAAAUGGGGACAUCACAUACUCAUUCAGCGGGCACGCGCCGAUGAGAGUACGAGAACUGUUCACCGUAGACGCACGCACCGGUGAAAUUAAAGUCAAAGGAGUGGUGGAUUAUGAGAAGGCAAAGAUGUACGAGAUAUAUGUCCAGGCAAAAGACAAGGGUCCAUCCGCGGUGGCCGUGCACUGUAAAGUCAUGGUAAAUGUUUUAGACGUGAAUGACAACCUUCCUGAAGUUAUCCUCACCUCUGUAUCCACUCCCGUUCAAGAGGACGCGCAACCCGGCACAGUGAUAGCGGUCAUAAGCGUAAUGGAUAAGGAUUCCGGGGAAAACGGAAAUGUGGAUUGUGAGAUUCCCCACCACGUCCCUUUUCAACUCCACUCAUCUUUCCGAAAUUAUUACACCUUAGUGACAUGCGAUUUUCUUGACAGGGAAACCACACCCGAAUACAAUAUAACUUUAACUGCAAGAGACAUGGGCACUCCACCCCUGUACACCCGUAAAACUAUUGUGGUUCAGGUGUCUGACAUGAAUGACAAUGCUCCCCGAUUCAAGCAACCUUCUUACACAGUUUAUUUAACCGAGAAUAAUGCCCCGGGUGCAUCCAUAUGCUCGGUAUCAGCUACGGAUCCAGACUCAGAUCAAAAUUCAUAUAUAUCCUAUACUAUUUUAGAGGGUGAUAUUCAAGGAAUGCCUGUAUCCACCUAUGUUUCCGUUAACUCUGAUAACGGAAAUUUAUAUGCGCUGCGCUCAUUUGAUCACGAGCAUCUUAGAAACUUCCAAAUAACUGUACAAGCGCAGGAUGCUGGCUUUCCACCGUUACGCGCAAAUGUUACAGUAAAUGUUUUUAUUUUGGAUCAAAAUGACAACGUCCCAAUAAUUGUCGCUCCUGUUCCCAAAAAUGGAACAGCGGCGACUGAGAUUGUUCCGCGGACAGCCGAUUCCGGUUAUUUAGUGACUAGAGUCGAAGCGUUGGACGCAGACUCGGGGCAAAACUCGCGUCUGUUUUAUCAGAUCCUCCAGGCGUCGGACCCGACCCUGUUCACCGUGGCCUUGUAUACAGGGGAGAUCAGAACAAUUCGCCGACUGGUAGAAAAGGACCCCGCGAGGCAAAAACUUGUCGUUCUGGUGAAGGACAACGGUCAGCCACCCCUGUCGGCCACGGCCUCCAUCAUAUUGUCAGUUGUUGACAGCGUGCCAGAAACCUUGCCAGAUUUCGGCGACCUUGCGCUUGGCCCCCAGUUCGACCCGAAUCUAACGUUGUACUUAAUAGUAUCCCUGGGCGCAAUUUCAUUCACAUUUCUGGUGGCUAUUAUUGUCCUAACUGCAAUUAAGGCAUACAGGGACAAACAUGCCAUCCGGGGAUGCACCCUAUCCAUCAGCUCGUGCUGCGGCUACCGCUCGGAGGCCUCCUCCACAGAAGUCAUUAAAAAGUCCAACUUGAACGUGCAGAUAUCCUCGGGAACCAAAGGACCCACGAACCGCGUAGAGGUAAAUGGUACCAGUGCACUCGACCAGAACUACUGCUACAAAAUGUGCUUGACGCCGGAAUCAUCUAAGAGUGACUUUACCUUCCUAAAGCCAUGCAGCCCAUGCAGCCCAACAGUCUCAACUCUCCGAAAUAACACGAAGGGGGUCGACCGGGCAACAUCUACCUGGAGUCCACAACACCGUCUGGCGAACAAUGGAAGCACCUCUCCAAAUGAGUUUGUGGCAGCAGCGGCAGUAGACAAGGACUGGACCUUGACGAAGAACCAGUAUAAUUAUGCACACAAGAGCACUACGGGCUUGGCUCAUAUGGGCAAGACCCUACAGCGCAGGCCUACGCAGGACCCAGACAGUUUCACCAACUCUAUGGGGCCACAGUACUGGACAUGGGGGAGUCACAUGCGAGACUACAAGAUGACCAUGUCCUCACAAGUGGGGGGGAUACCCAACCGAUGCUGGACGCCCAGGUACCCCCAGCACAGUGCAGCAGCAGCAGCCCAGCCAUCGCCAGACUACCAGCACAACGUCUACAUCCCGGGCACCGCAUCCAUGCAGUGCACCAUCAAGCUGGCCAACUGUGACACCCUAGAUGUGUACAACUCUUUCUCUACCUUUGGGAAGAAGAAGAAGCUCAUUUCUAAUUAUGAGCAGCAAGAGGAUCCUGUAAUAACAAACGACCUGUUCACAUGA